AUCUAAAUGAAGGAGGAAAUUCUGAGAAUGCAGACAAAGAGAUAAAGCCUAUUGCUUAUUCAGAUCUAAAUGAAGGAGGAAUUUCUAAGAAUGCAGACAAAGAGAUAAAGCCUAUUGCUUAUUCAGAUCUAAAUGAAGGAGGACAUUCUGAGAAUGCAGACAAAGGGAUAAAGCCUAUUGUAGGUAAAACGUUCAAAGAUACCACUGUUUACUGUUAUAUAAUUAUGGAUUAAAACACUCUAAGGCCCGUUUUAAACGUCGAAUUUUGGUCGCGUCGAAUGCAAUUAAGACAAUAGAUAAUGAGAUGAUAAACCUCAUUAAGCUUCAUUAGCUAUUGUUUGAAUUGCAUUCGACACGACCGAAAUUCGACGUAUAAAAUAGGCCUUAGACUGCGUUGUAAGAAUUAAUAGACGGUUUUAGAUAACAAGACGUGGACGUCAAGAGGACGUGGAUGUCGUCAUUUGGCGCCAACUAUCGUCCGCUUCUGGUUUGCGACGUCGUCUUGGACGAUUUCACGACGCGACAAUACAAUUUUCACGUCUUCUCUAGAACGUCACAGAUUUUUGCUUCUUUUGAAAAAAAUAUGAGACUAUACAUAAUAAAAAUCAUCCUAUUUUGUUCCCCAUGUAUUGUUUAAUGAUACUAGCUAACGUUUUCCCAUUGACAAGGUUUUUUUUUUUGUAUUUCGCUAAAUUUUAGACGAGUUGAUUUUCGAUAAAUACUUUCGGUCGCCAUAAACAAAUCAACAAAACUGUGAACAUUGUUAAUAACCACUUCAAUACCGGUAGUAAUCUUCACCAAAACAAAUAUUUUAGAACAAACUAAACUGAAGUUAUAUUGACAAUUGUUUAAAAUCAGGAAAACGUGGGAAAAUAGAAAAAUAAAAGCACUUAAAAGCAGUAAAAACUCGAUCAAUUUUAGUCGCUCUGUCACAACAGUGCAAAAAGUAGGACAUGCAAAAAAACGCUUUCCAGCGUGAAAAACUAUCGUAAACAGUAUUAAAUUUUACCAAUAUAAACACUGAUGCUAUAUUUAUACUGAACAGUUGACAAACUUGAUUGAAUAGGCUACAAUAAAGCAUUUAGAUCGUAAACAAUACCUGUAUUUAUUCCAAAUGAUGCAACAAAGUUCACUUUUCAAACUACAGAAAUAUACGUUUUUUUCUAAAAAAAAACUUAUUGAAUGUUCAUACUAAUUCGUCAGGAAACACUUGGCCAGUAUUAUAUAAUCUUUUCUUGCACAUAUCUUGACAACUGAUUGAAAACAAUACAGGAAUGAACAGGUAACAAGAAAACAAAAAUUUGCUUCGAAAAAGACAAACAAGCCGUCCCAGAUUAAAACCCGGAAGUGAACGCGAGGUGCAUACGUCAUUUUCACGUCCUCUUGACGUCAGCGUCUUGUUAUCUAAAACCGUCUAUUAUAAUACCAAGGUACAGAAUAGGAAGGUAUAGCAGAAGCGUAACUCAAGCAAGUAUUUGUCCACGUUUUUACAAGCGAUUCGUCAUCAAUCACGCCAUCCUGGCUAGUACAACCGGCACUUUGUACCUACGAAAACCUGAUAAAAACUUCCGGCUGUACUAGCCAGGAUGGCGUGGAUUGGCGUGAGCGAGUUAAAAUUUUCGUGGACGUCAAACAAUAAGAAAAACGACUAGAGUUACGCUUCUGGUAUAACUUCCUAUUCUGUGACCAAGGUGGCCGUCUGCACACUGUUUUUGGUCAAAAUAUUUCGAAAACCUAUAGCAAGGUACCAAAAAGUUGUAAAGGGUCUUCAUAUAUAACUUUAAAAGUUCUUUCCAAUAAGACAAAGUUAUUGACAUAUCGCUUUAAAAGACCUAAACACACAUUAGUAAAGCAUCCCACCAUGGCGAUGUUGGGUAAAAACAGUCAUAUAAAUACAGAAAUAAUUCAUCCUACUCAGGCGAGCGUCUCAGCAGCCAGGCUCAUAUGAACAGGUCUUCGAGGCCUCGCCCUUAGCAAGCAAGAGUGUGCAUGAGAAUUUCGUCAACUUUCAUGUCCCGGUCAAACGAGAGCAAGAGUUGUACAGUAUAUGGGAGUAUAGACUUGCUAUUCUAUGCGUACCAGUCAAACGAGCAGAAAAUCUCAUCCACUCUCGUCAAAAUUUGAACUAGCUCGUCAGAGACACAGAGUACUUAGGUUAACUGAAAUUUAAAUUUAAUGUUGCAGGGGGUGAAUGCCAGCGCUGCAUAAAAUAUUUUAUUUUCUGGGACCACAAAGCCAACGAAUAUAUUUUCUGCACGCGAACACUGGGAAUCUUAUGUUUUUAUUUCAAUUUGAUCAUCACUAAACAAGAUUCAGUGUAUUCUACGCACCAUUUCAUUAGAUUUGAAAUCAAAAUACACGUAUUUCAACGUGGCUACGGAAUAAAUAUUCUUUAUAUUUUAAUUUUAUAAUAACAAGAAACAUUAAUUUACAUUUUAAUGAAUGAUAAAAGUGACCACUGGGAACUGUCUGCAGUUUAAGAUUCUAGAUUCUUAUAAUUUUAAUAUAUUUGUUAUGAAUAUCAUCUUAAUUGAUGGAUGAAAGUUCUUGAGAAGGGCAGAAGGCUGUUGUGUGUUGGAACAUAUUGCUUAGAUUUUUUACUACAUUGUAAGAAUCACCACACUCGUAGACUUCUUAAUCCACAUACUGUAGUUGUUAAAUGAGUUGUAUUCAUAUAUAACUGGAGUGGUAUUUUCAGAAGUAGCUAAUACACUAGAUGAAAUCAAUUAUAAGAACCGCAUAGAGGAUUUCGUCUUAUAUAUGUGCUAGACUGCUGUCUGCCUGUCUUUGACCUUAAUAUCAGGCUGCUGGAGUGGCGCCUGUACCAGUAUAUUGGAAACUUGUAUUACUUGCAUGUUGCAAACAUCACUAGUUCACUACCUACAACUUAACUACCUAUACCUUCAAUUAUGUCAUUUUUUCUCAUUUUCUUCCUUUCUGUUUUUCCUUUCUUUCUUUCUCUUUACUUUUUUUCUUUUGAGACUUUUAAGUUCUACCCUCCAUUUUUUUUCUGCCAACCUCAAAAAUGUUGUGGGACCAAUGCCCCCCGGUCCGCUAUAUUAUGCAGCCGUGGUGAAUGCCUCUCCUUAGGCCUCAUCCUUGUUUGUCGUGUCUUUUCUCCAGGGUAGAGAAAUUAACAUAUCCGAUAUUUUACAUGAUUGCCGUAAACUUCUAAAUGCUAAUGCAAAUGGUUGUAUUAAUUUGAAUUAUUAACUAAUAUUACUUUGUACCGCAGAGGUUGACCAUGAUUGUGAUCCAGAUCCAUGUUUGAAUGGUGGAACUUGUGCUGAUUUAGGCGGCUUUGUUAAGGAAUUCCAAUGUAUAUGUGUUCCAGGCUACACUGGAAAACGCUGCGAGAGUG